AUGCAGCUUAUUUGGUGGAAUUUGUUACUGCUUCACGCCUGGGCUGCUCCUGCGCCUGAGGCCAGUUUUCAAAAUGAUCUUCAGCAGCUAUUGCGGAUUCCAGCAGGUCAUCCCUUCAAUCCCAUCGCCCAACAGCCCAUAGUCAACCAUCCACCAUUUUCACCCGGUCAUCGCGAUCCGUAUGACCACAAAGUCGAUUCGGUGGGAGAUGAUCGACAGCCUCUACCAUUUCGAAAUGGGGAUGGCACGACGGUGAUGGGGCCGCGAAACAAAGAUCGCGAACGUCAGAAUCCCGAUCUGGUUCGGCCCCCCAGUACGGAUCAUGGCAGUAUGUCUAACAUGAGGUGGAGUUUCGCCGACUCUCACAUUCGAAUCGAGGAAGGAGGAUGGACUCGGCAAACCACUAUUCGCGAGUUACCCACCAGUCGUGAGCUGGCUGGCGUCAAUAUGCGUCUGGACCAGGGAGUCAUCCGCGAGUUGCACUGGCACACCGAGGCCGAAUGGGCCUACGUCCUCGCCGGAAAAGUGCGAGUCACAGCACUCGACACGGAGGGCGGCAGCUUCAUGGAUGACCUCGAGGCUGGAGAUUUGUGGUAUUUCCCUGCUGGGCACCCACACUCCCUUCAAGGGCUGGGUGAGAACGGGACAGAGUUCCUGUUGAUCUUUGAUAACGGACACUUCUCCGAAGAAUCCACGUUUAUUUUAACGGACUGGAUGGCGCAUACACCCAAGGCAGUUCUAGCAGAAAACUUCCGCAUUGCAGCCCAGAAAUUUGACAAGAUCCCCACCUCCGAGAAAUAUAUCUUCAAGGGGACUAACCCGGGUAGCAUCGAAGAUGAAAAACCGCGAGGUUUCAAGAAGUCCAGAAUUAAUUUUACUCACCAAAUGCACGAUCAAAAGCCCAUUGAAACAUCCGGCGGCCGUGUACGAAUCACCGACUCGUCGAUCUUCCCGAUCUCCAAAACCGUCUCCGCGGCGCAUCUUGAGAUCGCCCCGGGCGCUCUGCGCGAGAUGCACUGGCACCCCAACGCCGAUGAGUGGACGUAUUUCAAGAAAGGACGCGCCCGCGUGACCAUCUUCGCCGCCGAAGGGAAUGCGCGAACUUUCAACUACAUGGCUGGAGACGUGGGAAUUGUACCUCGUAACCACGGCCACUACGUCGAGAACCUCAGUGAUGACGAGCCGCUGGAGAUCCUGGAGAUCUUCCGGUCGGACGCGUUCCAGGAUUUCUCGUUGGCGCAGUGGCUUGGAAGAACGCCCCCUCGCAUGAUUGCUGAUCAUCUAUAUGCUUCGGACCCAGAACUAGCUGAGGAGUUCUUAAAGAAAAUUGAGGACUCAGAGAAAGACCCCAUCAAGGAUACUAUCUAG